UUGAUAAAUUCAAAUAGUUGUUUUUCUUUUUCGCUUCUCUUCCUCCUCCUUACUUCUUUUAUCAGAUCUGUCGUAAUCCUUUUUCUUGUUCUAGGAAAAUUACCAAAAUUCAUCAAGACUUUCUUCCUGAAUUUGUCCCCUCAGGACAAGGAACAACUGAAGCAAUUGGCCAGAGAGUUUUGGACGGCUACAGAUGAGAAAGCUGUACUAGCAGAAAUCCAAAGGAGAUACCCUGCUCUUUACAACAAAAUUGAUCCUGUUCUUAAGCAACUAAAGAGUAAAAUCGAAGGUCUGACCCCUGAAGCCAAAGCUUUUGUGAAGAAGGUU